AUGUUAGACCAAUUGAGAAUGGCAACUGUUCGUCGAUAAUCAGAAUUAAUUAAAUAAAACAAUUAAUUAAUAGAAUAAUAACCUAGAGGUAGAUAAUAAUGUGUCAAACCUCAUCAAAUUUUAACAGAUAUUGUUAAUUAAUGCAUUCAACGUUCAUAACAUUCCAUAGAUGCACUUCAAUAAAUUAGAGCCAGAUCUAAAGACAGAAGAAGUUCCUAUAAGAAAACAACAAGAUAAUCAACUAUCAGCAGUUAUAAAGGACAAACAUCUCCUAGUUUUAGACAAGACGAUUAAUCAGUCACAUCAUCUAUCUAAGAAUCUUUAUAAAGUUAGUAACCUGUGAGAUUGUUUAGUUUUAUUGAAAAUGAACCUAGUUUUAGAGCUAAAGAUAUGCCAUUAUAAAUUAAUAAAGCAAGUUUACAAGCUAAGAAAAAACCAAUCAUUUCACUUAAAGAAAAUUAAAAAAAGCUAACUAAUAUUGAUCAAUUAUUUUAAGAAGCAUUGCGUAAAAGUUAAUAAAUUACAGAAAAGUUUUAUCACUGA